CUGUUCCACAGUUUUGGAUCCCAUGUUUGAUUCCUUAGCCCUCUCAAUUUCUCUCUCUAGUGUUUAAUUUGGUAACAAAAAGAGACAAAACCAAACCGCUACAUGCAUGAAUUUCUGGAACCAUCAAAUGAAACUGUAGUUAAAGAAACUCACCAGCCAGCUGUGCCAAGGAGUGAUGAAAAGUGUGAGUCAUGCUUGUUAAAUAGAGUUGAGUUGUCCCAAUUCUGCAAAAUUAAGCUUACUUGGAAUAUCACAAAUGGGUAGUAGCAGAUGGAAUUGGUGGGCUUGUUGGGGUUCAGAAGUAUUUUCAAAAAUGAAGCUCUUGUUGUUCUUGGUGCCUCUCGUACUAGUUGCUGGCUUUGCUUCUGUAAAGGGUCCAAGCCUUUGCAGAUGGGGUUUCAUUGCGGACUGUUCUAUCUCAUUUACUCCUCUUCCUGCUUCUUCAAAUUCCUCCUCACAAACACUUCAUCAAUCUAAUGAAACUAAAGUUUUCAAUGUCUCCAAGCCCGGGUUCAAUUUAGCUGCUGCAAAUGAAUCGGAUGAAUCUCACCCACGACAGAAGCAGAAAAGAAAACUCAGUUUCUUAGAUAGAAAUGAAGUUGUUCUAGCACAAGCUCGAGCUGCAAUCAGAGAAGCCAAAAAUGAGAAUCAAACACAAGAUUCAGAUUAUGUUCCAAUAGGUCCGAUGUAUUGGAAUGCUAAGACAUUUCACAGGAGCUACUUAGAAAUGGAGAAGCAAUUCAAAGUAUUUGUGUACGAAGAAGGAGAGACUCCAGUUUUCCACAAUGGACCAUGCAAAAGCAUAUACUCCAUGGAGGGUAACUUUAUACAUGCUAUUGAAAUGAAUGACCAUUUUCGAACUAAAGAUCCCAAGAAAGCACAUGUGUUUUUCCUUCCUUUUAGUGUAGUAAUGAUGGUUCGAUUUGUGUAUCAAAGAGACUCACGUGACUUUGGCCCCAUUAGAAAAACAGUCAUAGACUAUAUCAAUCUCAUUGCUGCAAGAUACUCUUAUUGGAAUCGAAGCCUUGGAGCUGAUCACUUCAUGCUUGCUUGCCAUGACUGGGGGCCAGAAGCAUCAUUGUCCUUACCUUACCUGCACAAGAACUCUAUUCGUGUACUUUGCAAUGCCAAUACCUCCGAAGGUUUCAAGCCUGCAAAGGAUGUUUCAUUUCCUGAAAUUAAUCUCCAAACCGGUUCAAUAAACGGUUUCAUUGGUGGGCCAUCUGCAUCUAAACGUUCAAUUUUGGCUUUCUUUGCUGGAGGAGUUCAUGGGCCUAUUAGGCCAAUUCUCCUUGAGCAUUGGGAAAACAAGGAUGAAGAUAUUCAAGUUCACAAGUACCUCCCAAAGGGUGUUUCUUACUAUGACAAGUUGAGGAAUAGCAAGUUUUGCCUUUGUCCUAGUGGGUAUGAGGUGGCUAGCCCUAGAGUGGUGGAGGCAAUUUACACAGGUUGUGUUCCUGUGCUCAUUUCGGAGCACUAUGUUCCUCCUUUUAGUGACGUUUUGAAUUGGAAGUCGUUCUCAGUUGAGCUUUCAGUGAAGGACAUUCCCAACUUGAAGGACAUUUUGAUGAGUAUAUCUCCAAGACAGUAUAUAAGAAUGCAAAGAAGAGUAAUACAAAUUCAAAGACACUUUGAGGUUCACUCUCCACCCAAGCGAUUCGAUGUGUUUCACAUGAUCCUUCAUUCUGUGUGGCUUAGGAGACUCAACUUUAGAAUGACUCUUAACUUGUAACUUAUGGCUUCGUGUUUAAUAAAUUACUUCACAUUCAAAUGUAGACUUCCCGUCCUAAAAUAACUUAUGGUUAAGAUUUUUUUAUGCA